AAGAAGGAAAAAAAAUAUGGCGGCUCCCUGUGGGUCAAAACGACGACAAAGUGAGGAAGUUUUUCAUUGUCUAAAUUGACACUUUGGGCCGACGCUGCUUUCAGUAUGUGGACGAACGCCAAGACAAUACGAGCUUAUGUGGAGACGUUGAAGCGCUGUCAGCGUUGCUGUAUGGGGACAUUAUGGAGGGGCGACACUGACCGGGGGAAGAGACAACUAUGUAGAGUCCUGUCAUCGACAUCAAAACCCAAAUGGAGGCUCCUGUUUUUUGGCACUGAUCACUUCGCUGUGGAAUCUCUCAAACUUCUCACAUCCAGCAGGAGCACCAGUGAAGGGAUAGUGGAGACCCUUGAAGUUGUUACCUUGGCUGGUGAUGUUCCAGUGAAGAGGUUUGCUCAAGAGAACCACCUUCCACUACACAGUUGGCCCCCUGAUGAUGUGAAUGGACGGUUUGAUGUUGGUGUGGUCGUGUCUUUUGGCUGCUUGCUUCCUGAGAGACUAAUCAGGAAGUUUCCAUAUGGGAUUUUGAAUGUUCACCCUAGCCUGCUGCCAAGGUGGCGAGGUCCAGCACCUGUCUUCCACACCAUCUUGCAUGGUGACAGUGUGACAGGAGUCUCCAUCAUCCAGAUCCGCCCUCACAGGUUUGACGUGGGGCCUAUUCUCAACCAGCAACUCUAUCAGGUCCCUGAGAACUGUACUGCUGAUGAGCUGGGAGGUACUCUAGCCACAAUGGGAGCACAUCUCCUGAUUAAAACAUUGAUGUCACUGUCUGAGAGAAUGGAAAAUCAAAGGGAACAAGGACAAACUGGUGCAACAUUUGCCCCAAAAAUCAAGACGUCCAUGAGCUGGAUUGUGUGGGAGGAACAGACUUGUGACCAAAUUGACCGUCUAUAUCGUGCAGUCGGGUCCCGGAUACCUUUGAGGACUAUGUGGAUGGGAAGAACAAUAAAACUUCUGGAUUUUACUGGAAAAUGUCAUGUUUCAUUGUCAGAUCAAAGAAGGAACCCCAUCCCUGGUUCAGUGAGCUUUCAGAAAGACUCAAAUACUCUAGCAGUCUGCUGCAAGGAUGGCUGGGUGGGAUUCAGAUCAGUGCUCCUGAAAAAAAGACUCACUGCAGCUGAUUUCUAUAAUGGCUAUCUGCAUCGGACACAGCAGAAGAAUACGCUGUGUCAGAUGGCUGAAGGACAGUUUUUCAGUAAAAAAGGAGAAAUUGAAGUGCAUCAAAUGAGAAAAAACUCAAAGUUGUGAUGCAACAAUAAUAUUUGCACUUAAUGUAAACACGACACCAUCUAAUGAAAUGUACUAUUUUUAAUGCGUUAUACUUUUAAGUCAUUUGCAUUCAUGCCACAGUUAUUUUCUGCUGUAUUUAUUCUAUUGCAAUAAAUGAUUGCAGUAUUGAUCAACAGCUUUGAGGAACAA